AUGCGUAAAUUCGUUAAUUUAAAUUGUUUAUUAGAGUCCAAUGAACCGCCUAUUUACCCUAUCGAUGCCAUCCAGAAUUUAAGACAAGUAGUCUUCGCACCACUAUCACAAUACAGACCAAUCAUUGGAGAAGCAUUGCAAAGGACAAAUUUUAAGUAUCACAGGAGUUGCAGCCUUUCCAGUUUAAUACGGGAAUGUGAGGCUUCAGAAGGCCAGACAUUGCUUAUAUUUUGGGGCAGUCGGAGGUCAGAUAGUAGAGUCACAAUCAAUAUGUCUGCAUCGAGCUGCUCGUCAUUGCAGGUACCGCCGAGUGUGCACAGUCAUAGUAAUCAGCACGAAAAAGAUUUGCGGUCCACGGCACAGCAGACUGAUAUUAGCUGCAGACUGUCACCCGGCGUGGCUUCUCCUGUUAACGUUAUGGAAUUACAAGAACAACAACUGUUGCGCGAACGUCUCGCCGGAUCGCUGACGUACUCAUCUCCCGCUUCCUCGCUGCUGCAGCCCCACCCGCGCUCCAUGUCCAUCCUGGGAUCAGUUUGUGCUUUGCUACUAAAAAAACAGGGUUCGAGCGGCAAGGAAGCGAUAAGCGUGUCCGGCAGCGUGCAUUCGGAGCAUAUCUGCCGCAUCUGCUUCGGAGGCGAGUCGGCCGAGCGGCUGGUGCGGCCGUGCUGCUGCCGCGGAACCAUCGCUGCCGUUCACCGCUCCUGCCUUGAGCGCUGGUUGUUGCAGGCGGCCACAUCCUAUUGCGAGCUCUGUCGUCACCACUACGUCGUCACCAGAAGUCACAAGUGGUCUUGGGCCCGGUCGGUGUGGGAGUGGGGCGUGUCGGGUCGCGGACGCGCCCUGGCAGCCGACGUGUGGCGUGGCGCGGCGUUGGGCGCGGCCUCUGUCCUGGGCACGGCGCGCGCGUUGCACGCUUGUGACGCCGCGCUGCAGGCCGGAGCCCGACGGGGCGGCGGCGCCGCACUCGCCGCCAACCUCUUCUCCUCGCUGCUCAUCGGCGUCAUUGUGUACGGUGUGGCAGGCGCGCUGAACGGGUUGCUGACGACGUGGAUGCUGCUGAAGAUCCAGGAACACCAGGCCUCGUGGCGCGCGUGGCGCGACAGUACCCUGCACGUGCACGUGUCCUUGGGCGAGCCGUCGGCGGCGCCCAGCGACAGCUCACUGGCCACCGUGGUAGGCACGGCCGACCGCGCCACCAACGUCGCGGACCCUUUUAUGGUCAAUUCUCCUUUCACUCUAUCCGAGCUCUGA